ACGAUACGUCGUUCUGCGAGCCCUGAUAAAAAUAAUCCGAUGUAAUUUCAUGAAUUAUGCGCUUUUUAUGAUAAUGACUAGCAAAAUAAGACUGCAGAAAGCCUAAAGAACUAAGAUAAUCAUAUAUUGCCGGCUGAAAGCCAGCGAAAAGAAGGAAAAUCACGGAAUUAUAUUCGAGACUAUCUAUCACAAAUCAAUAUCUCGCAAAAGUAAUAUAAUUGUGUCUACGACCGAUUCACGUCACUUUACCAUCAAGUUGAUGUAACAUGAAGAGCCCAGAGUAGGGCUCCGCCCCUUAUCUGCGAUGGACCGGGCUUAUGAGAAGCGACAUAACAAGCACUACAAGGAAAAGCAUAAGAAGCACAAAAAACAUAGGAGUCGCAGUGGUACUAUUGACCAGUCUUAUGCUACAGUCAAUUCUGUCAAGCCCCUGGUGGAGUAUUCAGAUGUGAGCUCAGAGGACUUGACAGGACCGGAGGCCGGAGAGAUCGAGAGCGAGGCUAGCUCAAUAAGCAGACACAUUGCUGAUGACCUGGAUCGGACAAGAAAGUCCCACUCAAUUCGGACUUUUGUUGAUAAUAAGACUAUUUCUGUAACAACAACAACUUCGCGUCGUGUACUCGACGAGUAUGCUCUCACAAGAGAUUCUUCGUUAGCAGCUAGGAAGAGGAAACAUAUUGAUUACGUUGAUCCCGAAGCAGAAUUUGACGAACAUCGGUAUAAGAAAAAGAAAGAUAAGAGGAAGAAGGAAAAAAAGAAGAGGAAGAAGAAGUCAAAGCACCGCUCUCGGUCAGCUAGUCUCGAGAGUCUGUCUCCAGACGACAACGUUGUUUUGGAGGUUCCUGUGGCAGCAACAUCUCCACAGAAGUACGCUCAGGUGCCUGUGAGUGAAUGGGAGAAGGCAUCAUCACCGCUUAGGAACGGGUCGUGCUCGCCAGUCUCGCCGUCGACGCCACCGCCGCUGCAGCGACAUGAGUCGCCGCGACUCCGCGUGCUUCCGCCACUAAGAGAGCCAUCCCUUCAUGCGAUGCCUUUUUCUCCACACCGGAAUUCUCCAAUAGUCAGAAGGCGACAGAAAUCUAUGACCCCACACACACCGGUGGCGCCCCCGUACCACGACACAGUGACGAUCGACUCUGACAACGAACCGGAGUACGAUCGCCGCCGCGACUAUUACGACCAACAUCAGUCACCUAUCAUGAUAAUUUCUGGUAAGCACUCUCCGAUUCACGAACCACUUCGUCGCGAGUACAGCCCGCGGCGCACGCACAGGCGCCGCAGUCGCAGCCCGCGCAGCCGCCACCGCCGCAGCCGCGAGCGCGACCGCCACCGCAGCCGCGAGCGGGUCUCGCACAGGGUCGAGAAAAAAGUCGAAGAACCACCGAGGUCACAUAGUAGGAGUUCUCUGAAGAGACGGCGGUCGGCGUCUCGUGGCCGGCGGCGCGGUUCGACAGCUUCGCCGCCGCGGCACAGGCCCCGCCAUCGGGACCCUUCGAGGGAUAAACACAGAACCAAGCACUCCCCUAGUCCUCCGACCACAUUACUGCAGCGCAAGAUCGACUUCAAGGAGAAAAUCAGCGAUACCAGUCUGUUCGCUGAACUCGUCAAGGAUAAGCACAAGAGAGCUAAGAAACUGCAAGAGAUCCUGAGUCAGAAGGAGGAUGAGUCACAGGGUGCGGCAUCGACGACGUCGGCCAACCCCGAAGCACCUGCAGAUGACCUCUCCAACUCCACACUCGAUAACAGCUCACUACCAUUUAAAGAGAACGGCGAAGUACCGAAAGAAAUUCAACCAGACAUAACUCCCCUGCCAGUACCGCUGCCAGGCGAGGAGUCGAAGCCGCAGCUGCCUAUGCUGCCGCCACCUGAAUUCACAGCGCCGCUUGACGCUAAUGGCGACGCGCCGAACAAUGAAUCUGAGGUGAGACCCAGUACGCCCUCGCGGGGCACCCCUUGCCCCCCCGUGCCGGCCCCUCUGCCGCCCCUGCCCAAAGUGUGCGGCAGCGUUGUCGAGGGCGUCUUCCACCAGAACAGCCAGCAGCCCAAGCCCAAGCCCAAGAGUCUCACCAAGUUGCCCAUGCCGCCUAAUACCCAGGUGGAAGACUUAAAAUCACUUGCCAACGACAGUCCUUUAAGUACACCCUCACCGAGCCCCGUCAAGAAACCAGAUAAGCCAAAGAAGUCGGGCAUCAUGAACUUACCUAUGCCUCCUGUGAUACCAGGUUCUGAGGAACUAAGCGGCGACGACCUGGACGGGUCAACCCCGCCACCUGCCUCUCGAAGAGACCAGUAUUCGCAUGUGUUCAGCUCACGAAAGACUGCAAGGGAUCUUUCUGGGUCAAAGUUGAAAAGACCUCGGAUACUGAAGCGGCGCGGCUCCAAAGUCGUACCCGUGGCGACGCCCACGCAUCAUGCUAAAGACUGGGGAGAGAAGUGUGUUGAUGGCUUCCAGGUGAUAACUCAAAUAGGUGAAGGUACAUACGGCCAAGUAUACAAAGCGCGAGAUAAAAACACCAGUCAACUCGUAGCACUGAAGAAGGUUCGACUGGAGAACGAGAAGGAAGGCUUCCCCAUCACGGCCGUGCGGGAAAUCAAAAUUCUUCGCCAGUUGAACCAUAAAAACAUUGUCAAUUUGAGAGAGAUUGUCACGGAUAAACAGGACGCUAUGGAUUUUAGGAAGGAUAAGGGCUCAUUCUACUUAGUCUUUGAGUACAUGGACCACGACCUCAUGGGCUUGUUAGAGUCGAAGAUGGUGGACUUCACAGAAACGCACAACGCAUCUAUCAUGAAACAGCUGCUCGAUGGAUUAGCCUAUUGUCAUAGGAAGAACUUUUUGCACCGGGAUAUCAAAUGUAGCAACAUUUUGAUGAACAAUAAAGGCGAAGUGAAACUGGGCGACUUCGGUUUAGCACGAUUGUGGUCGGCGGAAGACCGACAGCGGCCUUACACGAACAAAGUGAUCACACUGUGGUACCGCCCGCCAGAGCUACUCCUCGGCGAAGAGCGCUACGGCCCGGCAGUCGACGUAUGGUCAAUGGGAUGCAUUCUUGGAGAGUUAUUCUUAAAACAUCCACUGUUCCAGGCGAACGUAGAAAUGAUGCAACUAGAAAUGAUAUCCCGCGUGUGCGGCACCCCCGUCCCCGGCGUUUGGCCGAACGUCAUCAACCUGCCUCUCUGGCACACGCUACGACCGAAGCGGUACCACAAGCGCUGCGUGCGGGAACAGUUCGCAUUUAUGCCUGCCAAUGCGCUUAAUCUGCUCGAUCGCAUGCUGGAGCUGGAUCCUGAUAAAAGAAUAACGGCUGAAGAGGCUUUGAAGAGUCCAUGGUUGAAGAAUGUUGUUCCUGAACAAAUGCCAGCUCCAGAGCUUCCAACUUGGCAAGAUUGCCACGAGCUAUGGUCGAAGCAGCGGCGGCGGCAGCAGCGCGAACAAGACCAACAGCAAAAUAAAGCCAAACCACAAUUUGGCCAAGAAGAGUUCAAGCCAGACUUCAAACAAGACUCCAAUCAGUCCGACAGCAGUUUCAAGAGCGAAAACGCCUUUAAACCUUCCGAACCUGCACCAGAAGCCGUAGGCCAAGUGAAAUAGCAUUUGUUUUGUGAUGAAUGAGUGAAAGACAAUAUUGUGAAACGUUUAGUGAAGGGACAUAAGGCUCAUAAUGUUGAGCCGAAGACGGAACGUUCGCAGAAGGUGCCUGGAAAGCAGUCUAAGAUAAUGGAGCAAAUGAAAAAGUGUAACUAUCAGAAGCAGAAACUUAGGAAAAGUUCCAAAAAAGAAAUUAGUAAGUUCAAAAAACCUCAGGUCAGUUCCGCCAAAGAACUUAUGAAAGCCAGAAAACCUUCUGUUGAAGACAUGUCCAAGAUACGAAAACUAACACUGCCAAGUUCGAUGACAGAUAUUUGUAAAGUAAGUAAUGUCAGUCCAAGUUCUGUUUCAAAUCUCGGUGAGAUAAAAAACCACUUGAUGAAGGAACAGUGCACUGAAAUGAGUUCUGGAAAUGAACUUCAAAAACAAACAGGUUCUUUACUUCGUAAUUUGACAAAACCAAGUGCAGCUGCGGAUUCCAGCUUGCUUACAAAAUUUAAGCAAAUGAAUGAACUUUGUGCCAACAAAAAAGGGUCUUUAAAAGAACUUAAUAAAGUCAGAAAAUCGAAUGCAACAGCCGAUCUAGAUUUACCACACAGACAUAACCUUGAAAUGAAAGAUUUCUAUGUUAAGAAAACAGAUUCGGCAAAAGCACUUUACAGAGUUGGUAAUCCAAGUGCAAUAACAGAUCAUUCUUUGUACGAAAAACCUAUAUGGAUCAAAGAACUUUGUGUAAAUAAAGCAGGGUUUAAUAACGAACAAUGCAACAUCAGAAAACUAAGUGUAGAAACUGAUUGCAAUAAGCUCCAAAAAUUGAGUCAGACGCAAGAACUUUCUGCAAACAAAUCUGGCUUUAUGAAAGAGCUUUGCAAGGGCAAUAAAACAAGUGCAAGUUCAGAUCGCUCUUUGCUCCGAAAACAUAAUCAGAUAGAAGAACUUGCUCAAAAAACAGAAUUUUUCAAUGGCAGGAAACCAGCGAAUUUUUCUGUGCCCCAAAAAAAUAAGAUUAAUGAAGUUUGUGCCAAGAAAAUAGGUCUUAUUAAAGACUCAAUUAAAGUCAAGGAAGCAGUUGCGAAUUCCGCUAUAGGUGAAAGAAAGCAAACGAAAGAACUAUCUAAAUGUAGAACGUGGGAGCUUUUUAAGAUGAAACGCCGCGACAGAAAAAGAAAAAUGAGUGAGCGAAAAGAGCCUUGUUCUAAUAUCAAUAGGGAAGCUAGGGAUUUUAAUACGGAUAUCCAAGAGCAACGACAAAAUGUAGAACUAGCAAUCUGGAAUGUUAGAAAAGCCAAGAAUAUUAUACAAUUUAGGUCUAACGAAGAUGAAAGGGUAAAAGAAGUGAAAAAUACAGUAUUAAUACAAGCAAACCAGAUAAGUUCAUAUCACGGAUAUCAAAAUAGGACAAACGAACUUGGUUUUACUGAAUUUAGAUCUAUUGAACAGAGUCAGAGUUCUAAGAUGGUACCUAGGAAAGACAAUAAAAAUUGUGCUAUUGAACCUUAUCCUCAAAUAAGGAAUCAAUCUUUAACAAGUACUGUGCCAGAAAGUUCAUUGAAAAUUAGGAACAGGGGAGAUUCAAGUUGCAAUUUAGUUCAAAAACAAAGACCAAGUUGUAUCAAUAAUGCUAAUAGCGAUGCUAAUAGUGAAUCUUAUUUUGGUGAAAUCGGACAACCAUUUAAUUCAAAUAUUCCAGACGAAUUAUAUUACAGAAAUUUCAGAAAUCUGUGUUCAGAUUCUCAAGAUUAUAGACAAGGUACUCAAGAACAGUGGACAGGCUAUAGUUGUAUGUAAUUGAUAUUUAGUAAGAAGACAGUGCCUAAAUUGAGGGCGAGAAUUUUUGGCUAAGUGAAAAAUGGUGCUUCGACCAAUAAAUUUGUGAUUUUAUUCUGUAAGACUUAUGGGGCCACCCAUUUAUAAGGCUUCCUUAAUAUUAUUUUGAUUGUGGAGGGCUUAAUUAGAUUUUCUUGUAAAUCGCACUAGAAUUGCCUUAACGAAUUGAUUGGGACAUGAGAAUAAACAAAAAUGUUUAUGUUAAUAAUCUUCCGCUUUUGAAUAACAUGACCAAAAUGACGGUUAAUGUAGCCCUCACAAUCUAUAAAGGCCUUGAUAAAUAAAUUAUGAAUAGAUGAAGGCUUAUUCAUUGGAAAUAUUUGUUUCCCCCAUGAGUUUAAUAUAGAAUAUUGAAGAUUGUUUUUCGGUAAGUUUUUAACGACCUAUGCCUGCAUCUAUUUAAAAUUAAAUUUAUACUUCGCCUUUCAAAAUAAAACCUUACAACAUUCUAGUGCGUACCAAAAUUGAUAUAAAAAUAACCAAAGUAUUGAAAAUAGCGCUAGUUACCUGUCAAUUUGAUAUUGCAGAUUGUAAAUGAUGUUUAUAUUGUAAAUAGGUAGGUUAGAUUAAUUUUAAGACUGCAGAAUCAAAAUUUGUUUCGUCUCAAAUGUACGGCGAUCGCUCUUAGAAAUUUUGGAAAGAAUGUGGGAAUGAUUAUGAAAAUUAAGUCAAUACUUCGCAAGGCAAUCCAUUUGCGAUACAAUGAAGCACAUAAUAAAGCUCAUUUAUUUAUAUCCCUAACUGAUCUAUUCACGCCACGUGUUGCUAAUAAUCGUUAGAUUGACGUUGAGUCAUACUAGUAGGCGCUCGAAAUACGAUGGAUAGUCGAUUUUAAUAUCUAACUCUCCCAAUAGUUUCUUAGGCGUGAAACAAAUUGAUAGCAGGUGCGUGACGGAUCGGGAGGGCGACGACGGGUGUUAUUCCGUGUAUUUAUAUGGACGAUAA